AUGGCCUCCAACUUCAAUGACAUCGUCAAGCAGGGCUACGUACGCAUGCGCAGCCGCAAGCUGGGGGUGAGUGUGUCUACAUUGAUCUAUGCAGGAAGAGAGUUUCUUAAGUCCUGGUUUUCAUAAAGGCUUUAUUGUGAUCCUUCUCCAAAGAGCAGCAAAGGUUACUGGUAGGCUGAAUGUGCAAUUCUUCUCGCUGGGUCACAGGACUUUUUAUUUGGACCUGUCUUUCGUGUUUACAGCAAACAUGCAGGAACAUUUAUAUUUACAUAUCUGUCUUCACUCAGCUCCUUUAUGUCUUAAUCAGGCAAACACCACAACUUUUAACACUGUUAUUAUUAUCACACCUGCUUAAGUUCCUGGUUAUUUUGGAGUGAUCAGCAGCUCAGACAUGCACUAUGCACUCAGGACAUUAUGUUGCUCCUCUCAGAGACGGUGGAGGUCUUUAGGCUGCUCUCACAUCUGUACCCACUGUCCUUACACAGCCUUACCCUCAAUUUCCACCGCACCUGAAACGGCUUCCCCAUGGAACGGCAGUGAUUUUUCACUGUCUGCCAAUUCCUACCAGAUGCGUUAGUGAGACGAAUUUCGUGGCGGAUUUCAGACAGUGGGAAUUGCGAGAACUCACAAGAACCCACGGAUUCACGUGCAGUCGCGCGUUACGAGUUGUCUCUAUAGCCACAUAACCGUAUUGUGUCCUGUGUAGAUUGUGUCCUUACAGAGGAAGAAAUCCAUUUCUAGCAUCUCCUCAUCCAUGGUGUCAACGGGGUGAAAUGAAGUCUGAAAGCCUUUAACUUGUUUGUCCCCGCCCACGUUUGCAUGGUGUGAAAUACGAUCUGCCUAAAACACCUAGCAUUUUAUUUUGAAAAGAAGCCAGAUGUUUUAUUUUGUCUCUGUGCCCGACUUCCUUUCCAGCACAGGUUAAUCUGUGCUUAAAUUUAUGCUGCAUGCUGCGGUGUCCAGAAAAAAUAUAACUCUGGUGAUCAGCUGUGGAGUCCGUUAAACCGCAGGGGAACGGAAAGUAGCAGGUGGAAAUUGACACCUUAACUUGAAUGUAAAAGAUCAGCCGUGAUUGACACAUACAGCCUUUUCACAGCCAUUCCAGAUGAGAUGGAAAUUGGGGGUUACACGGACACUCAUGUUUUGCCACAGUGUCAAAAGUAGGAGAGGGAAUGCCUGGAUUGAUUUGAUACGUGUUUUAUCAGGUUGUCUCAAGUGUUGCUUUGCUAUGGACUGCUAAUCACCUCCAUUCUGGGGUUUUGGCUAACCAGAAUCAACAAGUAAUCAACACAGCCAGAAUCUUUGUGAGGAGAAAACUGUUGAAGGAUGUGUGCUUUCUUUGACUUAUUAUUUACAGGGUGUAAAUCUGCUUUAUCCUUUCUGUGUACAUUUCUGCUUAUGGUUUGAGCCGCAUGAAGUGUACGGGGAAUGCUAAUUUGCGUAAGUAUGAGUCACUUUCUGAAUGUGCAGGCAGAGGAAUUCAACUUUGCAUGAGUCAUAAUGUGGAAACGAACACAAAUCAAUUUGAGCUAGGAUGUGUUCACCAGCUCACUUUAAAUAAUAGUCUGCCCUGCUGCUGCUGCUGCUGCUGCCUGUAGAGCAGAGUGAACAGCCCUGUGCAGCUCUCUAAGGGGGACUGAUGAAAUCCCAAACCAGCAUGAGCUCAGUGCUGAGGAUAUUAUGGGAAUAAAGUUUCCUGCUCCUAAGUUUUAGCUCUCUUAAUGGUCUGUGUAUUGAAAAAAUGUAGCCUGUGGGAAAUAAUGUUCCUGUUUUUAACUGCUUGACCCACAGAGAGUCUUCUGUUUACUCCCUAAGCAUCCUGUAUACAAAUAUGUGUGAGAAAAAGAGAGAGCAGCUUUGCAUUAACAGGCUGAUCCAACCUUUUCCUUACAAUAUUAAGACUGUACCUGUGUGAGUGCAUACCGGACAACUUGGAAAUUUCUAUUAGGAAAAGAAAUAGAGCCUGCUCUUUUAGUAUGUAUAGUGUAUGUUUUGGGGAAGUUGUAGGAUCUCUAUCAAGGCCAAGUGUUCUUACAUUUAAAAAUUAUAUAUAUACAGUUUUUGAUUGAUUUACAUCCAGUUUUCUCAGCAGAACGUCACAUCAAUGCAUGUACCCUCUAUUCUAUCACUCAUCCCAACCAAACCACAAGGUCGCCCAUCAGCAAGAGGUCAAGGUCCUAAACAACACGGUGUAAUCUGGAGACACCACAGUCAUAUGAUGGGGGUGAUUUUUUUCUUUUAUAAUCUUGUUUACAUGAGCUGAUCUACUUUGAUAGAUCUGAUCUAUCUUUUUACAUGUUUAAAGAUGACCAUAAACAUUCAAGAGGUCAUGUGUGUCAGUGGAUCUCAAAACCCCAACAAUUAGGACUCAUUAUUCAGUGGCAGAAAUCUGAAGGACUGAUCCAACAGCUGAGGUCAUGUGAGCGCAGGGCUCUGAGUCCAGAGUCUUCCUUAGUCCACUCACUAGGAGUCCAGUCCUGGUCUCUGGUCCAGUUGUAAAGACUGCCAGGUUUUGACACUUGCAGUAACUGCUUUCUGUCUCAGUCAUGUUGUCAGAGGUCUAAAUAUAAGUGUCUGGGUGCAUUCACACAAGGACUGUUUGGUUCGUUUUAAAAGGACUGUGGUCCCCUUACUCCUUUGGUCCAGGUGGUUUGAACGCGCAAGCAAACUGUAGUCUGGAUCAAACAAACAGACCAUGGUCCUCUCGAAAAUGCAGGACUUGGUCACCCUCUAAAUGAACCAUGGUCCGGUGUGAACGCAGCACUGAUGCAGCCGGACUUUUUAUAUGUCAAUAUGAAUCAAUAACACAUUAACAUUGUAAUAAAGCCAGGAAAUUAAGCAGACGGAGAACAGCCAGUCAAAACACUGGACUGUCUGUAAAACUGGACGAAUGGCAGAGGGUUUGUGUUCUGAUACAAUAGUCAGGUGAUAAAUAUUAAAUACCCAGGUGUUCUUCUGUUCAACAAAAAUACUGACAAUAUGUUAUAGGCAUUCCUUUGCAUUAAUGCCAGACAUCUCCAACGUCUGAUGGUCAGAUACUUUAUGUGCGUUGUGGAACAAUGGAGAUCGUGCCCCAAAUGAACGGGUGACAGACAAUGAUUUUCCCUCAUAAUUUUCCUCUUUUUUCAAUAAUUUGGUUCGCUUAGCUAAAGUCCCAUGUGACCAAAUUCAAAAUGCAACAAUGUAAAGAUUUGGUUCCUGAACUGGAGCUUCUAAAAUAAAGGAAUAUUCUAUUCUAUUCUAUUCUAUUCUAUUCUAAGCGGACUUUUGGUGAGAAAAGCGCCUUAAUCACAGUUACCAGAUGUUAUCAAACUGUUAAUGAAGUGGUGUCUGAUCAAUAGAGAGCUCCAGGAUGAAGAUGACAGACUUUUGCAGGAAAAGAGUUUUAAAAGUUUGAAUCGCAUGUAAAAAUGGGAUGCAUGCAGUGUUGCUGAAGCUUCUUUGGUGCCAGGAUCAGACCCAGCAUGGACCCAGACAGGUAGUACAGGUUUAAAGCACUUCUCAGAAAAACCCCGAUGGACAUGAACAAACAAGGGCCCACAUGGACGUGUUUAUUCAGCUGAUCAAAUACAGGUGGAAGACUUUUGUAGUUUCAUCUUGUACACUGGUGUAAUAUCUGUUGCUACACCUCAUAUGGAAAAUGAAUGUCAGAGCGCCCCCUUGAGAAAACUGCACCAGCUGCUGUUAAAGGUUACAAAUUGAGACAUGAUGAGAGGUGUCUUGAUUCAGAGGAAGGUUUUUGUUUAUGGACGACUGAGUUCAUGUUUUCAUCAAACUGGAGCUGGGAGGUGAAUUAACCCACCAAAGCAUAUAAGUCCCUCUCUCUCUCUCUUUCUCCGCCCUGUCUCCCUUCUUGAGCUUUGUUUUGAGCACUAACUGCUCCAGUUUUUGUCCUUAUAUUAUCCCCCUCUCUCUUGCUGACACUGCCCCUGUCGUUUAAUUGCUCUGAGUCGUCUCCUUCUCCCUCUGCGGUUUUCUGCCCAGAGCACCGAUUCCUCUCAUCUCAUUCUUCCUUUUCUGCCUCAUUAUCUGUAUCCUUUCUCUGCGUCCUCUCUGUGUCAUCUAGCUAACUCAUUUUUUGCCCUUUUUUAUUUACUCUCUUAAUCCAUCCUCUCUCUGUGCCAGUUUUUUAAGCAGUCUGUCCAGAUUUUGGGGUGUGUGGUGUGAAGCACAGAUAUGCAGACUGCGUGCUUUGUUUAUGAAAUCUCUUCGGUUAUAUUUGGUUAUUCAUCAGAGUAAUAAUUCUUUAAAGCACAGUAAGUAACUCUUUAGUAUGUGGUCUGAGCUUUAUGCAGAUCAUUUUCUUAUCUAUCUGUACUUGAGACUGUGAAGUCCUGAUCUCAGAGCUCAGAUUAAAUGAUGACGUGUUCAAAACCAAUUUUUCAUCAUCUUUGCUCCGCUCCCUUUUUUUUUUUUUAGACGCCUGAGAAAAAUAUCUGACUUGAUGGUAGCAAAACUUUCCUGUUUUCUGAAGCUAACUAACUUCAGUGUGUCUACUGCUGUUUGGCUCUGGGCUUUCAGUGUGUGGGGGAAUUAGGAGAGCUUCUGGCUCCCACUGAAGUAUGCUGCAGGCAUGAGUGACAGUGAGUGUACAAUAAAACAGUUAACUUCACAUGCUUGAAUGCUCCAUCACAACAAAUCUACAGACCCAAGAGAAAACAAAGGUCAGCUGAUCUGAUCUUACCCUCUAAUGAGACUCAGGGGAGUGUUUUCUAUAUUAUAGCUCUUCUGAUGGCAGCAGCACUCUGCCACUGUAAGCUAAACUCCACCAACUGUCUGAACUCCAAAGGCACCAAAAUCAUUUGGCUCUCAAACCUGGUGAUAUGCAAUUAAGCUUAAGAGCUUUUGAAACAAAAGGGUUCACUGACUUUUGGUUUAACAUGAUUGGAGCCUGGUGUAACCUCAAAUUUCCAACACAUGUGGAAUGGUGGCAAAUAGGCCAUUGGCGCCAAUCGCCGCUGAUCGUUUCCAUUCAAGUUAAUGCGUUAAAUUCCACUGGCUUCUUUCUGGCCCCAGCUGCUUGGUAGCCGAUCACCAGGGUUCUAUUUUUUUCCAGAUGCUGCAGCAUGCCACAUAAAGUCAGCACACAUUAGCCCGUGUUGGAAGGUAGUCCGGCACAGAUACAAAAUAAAACAUUCCAGUUUCUUUUCAAAAUAAAACACUACCUGUUUCAGGCGGUUCGUGUUUGACACCAUGCAAACAUGGUUUGUUUCGUAGAUAAAGAUAAAUUUUGCACUUACCCAUGGUUAAUUCCCCAUCUCUACAAAAGUCUCUGAUCUACUGGUGAUAGAGUGGAUUUCCUCCUCUGGAAGGACACAAUCUACUGCUCAUAUGGUUAUGUGGCUGUCUUUACAGAGACAACUCAUUAUUGCGCGAUUGCAUGUGAAUUCGUGGGUUUUUGUGAGUCCUUGCGAUUCCUGCUGUCUGAAAUUUGCAAUGAAAUUCGCCUCACAAACUCAUCCGGUAGGAAUUGGUGGACAGCGAAAAUCGCUGGCUGAUUUCAAUCUUUGCUCAUGUUAUAACUAUUAUGGCCAGUGGAGAUCACCAACUAUCAGGGUUUGAAAGAACAAAUAUAUAUUGUAUUCAGUUAUAGUUUUACUAAAUUUACGAAAAGUCAAGCUUUGAGAGUGUAAAUCUACGUCAGUAAAAGUUUUUCAUUUUAAAACAGUAUGUGCUUUGAGUAUUGAGAACUGACUUAAAAUGUGAGAGUGUGAGAGGGGCAGUAAGGUGGGGUUAAAAAAUGACAGAAGACCUUUAAAUGAUGAGAAAGCAUAUUUUCCUGAUCUAAUUCCUGACUAACAUGAGGCUGUUGAGUUGUGGAUGGAUUUCUUGACGCAGCACCUAUAAAGUCUGAAGUUGAGAAGUUUUUAAAGUGUUUGCAUCUUUUUUCCGGCCUUGCUUACUGUGUGUAUUACCUCUUAAAUUGCACAGCAGCACGACAGACUUAACCUGUCCCCUGUGUUAGCUUUCACUAUGCACCCACUAUGUUAAAGUGUCGGUUCAAACCCGUGUCUUAAAUCAGCUGUAAAUUACACUAAAAACAAUUCUCUAUCAUCCAAUUUUGUUCUCAUCUCUAGGUUACCUUGUUAGGCUUUAUUAUGAAAAUAUUGCCUAUGAUAUUUUUGUUUGUCCUUUGUGUCUUUCUUUGUCAGUAUUCCCCUCAUACAGACAUCUAUAUUGAACUGAUCUCACACGUCUGGUCAGUUGUUUUUGUUUGAGCUGGUAAAAACAUGGCAAAAUGAGAAUUCCUUAAAUCUCACAUAACUGGGAGAAGAUCCGACCGCUAGUGUGGUGUCUGACAGUGCACAUAUGAUUUCAGUUUUUGCUCUAAGUAUUGCUUUUUAAUCUAACUGGGUCGACAGCAACCCUAACACAACAAGUGCCAUAAUUUUAAUGAGCAUUUUGUAAUUUAGUAAACUGAAUUUUUUUUCUUAAAUUGUGUUAAAAAAGGUUCCCUACAAAGUCAAAAAGUCUCAAUGCAAAAGAAAAUAAAACAAAUUUAUGUGGUUCUUUCGUGCAUUUGAAAAAAAAAGCAGUUACUUAUAUGGUUUCUUUCUGUCUAGAUCUUUGUUUGUGUUGGUCUUCAUUUUAGAUGCAUGCUGCUUUGGGUAGAAGGGUCUGCUAAAUGAAACGUCAACAUUGUCAUAAUUUAUAGGCUACUGUCAUUGCACCUCAGGCUGUUCCCUUUGCAUGAAAUCGCUCUGUUCAAAAAUCUUACUAUUGAUUGUGAAGCUUGCAGGAUGACUCACAGGGAUGGAAAGGGGGUUCUAUAAAAACAAAGUUGUACUGAACAGACCUGAGAGUGGACUCCCAGCCUGACAGUAUUUCUUAAUGUAAUUUCAGCACAAGCUUACAUCUUCUUAGUUUACCUGACUGUCAAGUGAUUUCAGUAAGUUAGCUGGUAUUCAGGCAGCUGAUGAAAAGCUUUUUGAUAGUCAGUUUGUUUAAAGUUAGUAGGGGAUUUUGUGUAAAAUGUAGAGUAGUGCAAAACUUCCCACAAAAAAAUACCUGAGUAAGAGUACUGAACUUUAAAACUACUUCACACUGAUGAACAUUGAGAAGCUUUUUUUAUGUGCUUGGCCUUUUGGUCAGUUACUUUAAAUCCCUGCAACUACAAAACGCAAAUCAUCCUUUUAGUCUGGUCAGGACACUCCUCCAUAGAGGUUGGUUAAGGUAUCUGUAGUGCUAGAAAAGCCUUAAUUAUAUCUGUGCUUUUGAAUGAAAGAUGCAGUGUAUUGUAAGUGUGGUAGGAUGAAUUCUUAAUAAGCCUCAGAUUUGUCUUUGUUAGCCUGGAGGCUGAGCAUGUGGAGUCGGUGAGUUACCUAAGUAAAAAGCUGGGGGUGACACAGAGGUAAGGGGGAGGGCAGGAUUACAAAGGGAGGUAAAAUCGAGGGCUAUCUGAGUCCUCGGGGCACAGACAACUUACACAGCUGAGGUCCUGCUCAAGGCUGGGCAGAUAGACUACCAGAGUCAUGCUUAAUUUAUCUCAACAGGAACAACAAAGCCCCAGACAUGCAAAGUCUCAACACACACUGACUUGAACUCACCUCGGCUGCACUGGUAAACCCCCCAAAGCUUCAAUGUUUCCAUGCAACAAUAUGUUUUUUUUGUUUCCUACCUUAGUAUUCCCACAGCCCCUUGACUCUAAUGAACUACUGCAUUGAUGAGAUUGAUAUUGAUCAGCCUCUGGGUGAGGAACAAGUCUUUCAAAUCCCUACACCCACCCUAACCAACCGCUAACUGAUAAAACAUGCAGUCAAUGCACUCACAAGGCAGAGUGAGUGUCAAUGUGAGCCCUGUCUGCCACAUCUGUCUGUAUGCUGAGCUCUGAGUUUUUGUUCUGGGAGAGAAAUACUGGUGUAGGUGACGUUCUUCAUUUUCUGAAAUAGAAGAAAAAUACAUGUUCCUACUAACACAAGGGAGGUUCCUAAGCAGACUCCCUGGCUGAACACUUGUUAAGCUACCGUCUGGAAUCUGAAACACCCACUCAUUGUAGUCUGUAGGAAUUAAAGGGGAGAUUGCAGAAGGUCUGUGCAGACACAGCAUCUGAGAGUCAAGCUAACAGGCGGGUAUGUCACUUCAGAGCUCUAUCCUGAUCUGAAAUUUCAUAGAGAGUUGGAUUUGUUUCAAACACAGGAGAGCAUCUCCAUCAAAAACACUGACUGAGAGAGGUUAGCUGUCCAUUCUCGGUCUAAUUGGCUGGACAGCAUUUUUCCUUUUUUAUCUCUUAAUUGUUGUAAAGAUCAAAUGAGGUCAUUGUUUUACCUGUUAGUUUAGUCCGAAUAGGGCUGCACGAUUAAUCAAUUUUAAAUCGUUAUCAGAUUAUUUGAUUGUGACAAUGUUAAAAAAAAUUAAAUUGUCAAUUUGAUUUUCCUCUCUAUCAUGUCUCCUGCCUCCAGGCCACCGUAGGCUCCCAUUCCUGCAGGAGCAUUCCCCAGUUCCCACACACACUAGUGUAAACAAACAUGGCGUUUGCAAAAAGAGGCAAUAAUUUUGUGGCUAAAUAGAGCAAGAGCGAGUAAGUUGUGUGGAAUUGGUACAACUUCACAAUUUUGGACAAAGAGCAAAACCACUCCCUGUUUCAAAGUCUGUCAGAGGGUGGUAUCAACCCGUCCAUACGGAACCAAAUUCAGGAGUAAACGCAAAAGUUUUUGUCGUAUCGCCGGUUUUGAAAAUGGGUCAAAGAGUACAUAAAUCCAUAAAUGACUACCAUUUCACCACCGUCUGGAUGCCUAACCCGAUCUAUACAAAUGAUUAUGUGACAUACAGCGUAACUCUUUUAUGGCGCCUGGACGUGAUCAGCCAAAACAACCUUUGUACAAAUGCUCUGUACUCUUCCAAAAAAAGAUUAUUAAAGUGAAGUUUUGUGUUGUCGAUGAAUAAAAAAAACAAAUUGAAAAUUGAGUUUUUUAUAUAAAAAAUUGGGAUUUAAUUUUUUCCCAAAAUCGUGCAGCCCUAGAGUGAAUCAAAACAAUAAUUUUCCAUAUGCACUAUGAAUCCAAUGUCUCCCCACAUAUCUCUCACAUAUUCUGUGUGUUAAACCUGUUAUAUACUGUUUGUCCACUAUUUUGUAAAAUACAUUUUUCCCAUCAUUCACCUACCUGUGAAAGGGACUGAUUUGAUGAGUUACAGUAUGAUAGCUUAGAAGAUCUCAUCAAGAAAACUGUGAUUUGUGGAAGUUGAGUUGGUUCAAAGUUCAACAUUGCAGAUCCACAACCAGUCAGAGCACAGAAAUGUCACACCUGUUGGAUCCUGGACUUGAGAGCUACCUUUAAAAGCAGACUCAUCCAGGGCACAGAUGUUUUUUAAGGACAGGUAACACUUAGCUCUAUGUAGAUGUUGACAUUUAGCAGAGCUCAUUCUGGUUGUUUCCAAAAAUACUCCAUGUCAGUGAUCGAUCAAACACUCUCCAUGUUAGAUAAAUCCCUGUGGUGACGCUCUUCUGCCCACCUGAUGAAUUCUCACCACGUAAUCAGAUCAUCCCAGUUCUGUUUCUGUCCUCCGCUGGAAUAAUCACACACUUUAGCUGAUUAAUGCCUCAUGAUGUUUAAUGGGUGUAGAUUUACCAUUUUAGUUAUUUCUUAAGAUAGCAGAAGAGUGAGCUGAAAGAUGCUGAAACACUGCAGUGAGAGAGGGAACCACAGAGCUGGAUCAUGAUUCUGCCACGUCAAACAUGAUCAUCUGAUUAAUGUUUUACACAUAUAAAGAGCUUAUGUGCAGCUUUAAUCAAAGGAUGGGUGUUAUUUAUUAAAUAAAGUAAUCUCGCUAAUAUAGACAAGCUGUUUGGCAUAACUUCUUACUGCUCAGAAUCUGAGUAUUUAUCUCUGCACUGCCACAUCCAUCUUCCUCCUCACCCAGAAGAACCUGCAGCUGUGUUUUACACGCCUCUAAGAUACCAUUAUGUAAGCCGCCCUCGGAGAGUAAUGGGUCAGCUUGCUAUGUACAGCCUGAGCUCCCUGACCUGACAUUCAGCUUCACCUCUCCCCCCAGCGCUGCUCUGACUGCAGGCACUCUGACCUUCCUGCUGGCCUCCUCUACUCCCUCCAAACCCUCCUCCUCCUCUUCCUCCUCCAUGGUGCUCCUCUCCUUCUUUUUUGGAAACAGUGCAUCGUUAACAUUAUACUGAAUCAUCAUGAACCGGAAGAGUCGUCUUUGCACUUUGCUGUUAGUUCUUUUUAAUAAAUAUUUAAAGUUACAGCCCUGAAAGCUGCAAAAUGUUCAUUUAAAAGGCGGACAUGCACUCUAACAUUUCUGCCAUGCUGUAAAUGAAGGUAUACUCAGGGAAUAAAUGGACUCCUGAGAUGUGCUGAAGUAAUGACCCCACAGCAACCAGCACAUCUGAAAUGAUUAGAAAAUGAUCAUAAACAGACCAUAAAGCUGAGAAGUCAUGUGUGUAUACUCACUGGGCUGUCAGCAUCUGUUCUGCCCACACACAGUUUCUCUGCUCCCUGGGUCAUUUGUCCUCCUACUUCUUCUUAACUGCCUCAAGCCUGUCCAGGCUGCACUUCUGGCUGCUGAGUUAAACCAACGGUGAAAGUUUUAUAUACAGUGUGUAAAUUGAAAGUCUCAUCAAUAUACAGUUGGUAUAUUAGGAAAUUCAUGCAAAAACAAAUGGACGUAUGCUCGGUCAAGAUAACCCAAAAGUAAGAUCUCCCAAUCAGAAUGUCAGGGGUUUGACUUCAAAGCUGUCCGCAUGCCCACCAGGUCCUCGAACAAGACACUCACUUGUUUAUGUUCUGCCUCUAUGAUACCUGUGAUAUUGGAUCAAAAACAUGCUGCACACAAGGUUGCUUGAUUGGUAAUUCAGAUAUUCCCGACAUCUCAUUUGUUGAGCACUUGGAUUAUACAGCUUUAACUUCUAGGUCACGUUAUCAGGAAACAUGCCUCAAACUGUCACUGUUACGCAGAUGACACUCAGUUAUACCUAUCACUGAAGCUAGGAGAAACUGACAGACAAACUUCGAUUAAAGCCUAUCUUAAAGAUAUAAAGGCCUAAAUGAUCAGAAACUUUCUUCUACUCAAUCCUGACAAAACUGAAGUUCUUGUUCUGGGCCCCCAAACACCUUAGAGAUACUUUCUAAUGAUGUAACUGCAGUCGAUGGCAUCAAUCUGGCCUCUAGCAUCACUGUUAAAUAUCUGGGAGUUCUUUAAGACCAGGAUAGAUCCUUUAACUUCACAUCCAACAAAUCUCCAGAACUAACUUUUUUUUUUUUUUUUACUUCCUAAUAAAUAAGAAAUCAGACAAAUCCUGUCUCAGAAUGACCCUGAAAAACUCAUCCAUGCAUCUGUCACCUCUAGGCUGGAUAACUGUAGUUCUCUUUUAUCAGACCCCCAAACAAGUCUUUAAAGACUCUUCACCUGGUCCAAAAUGCUGCAGCCUGAGUACUGACUAGAACCAGUAAAACAGAGCCAAUCCCCCUGUUUAAGCUUUUCUACACUGGCUCCAUUAAAUAUUGGGCAUAAUUUAAAAUUCUUCUUCUGACCUACAAAGAUCUUCAUGAUCAGGCACCAUAAUGUCUUAAAGAUCUCGUAGUUCUUUAUUACCCCUCUAGAACAAUGAGGUCCCAUCAUAACUAAAAACUCUGAGCAGUCUCGGUGGUAGAGCUUUCACUAAUCAGGCCACUGUCAUCUGGAAUCAUCUACCUGCAGACACCCUCUCUACCUUUGACAGUCAUCUUAAAACCUUCCUCUUUGAUAAAGCUGAUAGUUAGAUCUGGUUCAGGUCUGGACCAGCUACUGUGGACCUGCCUUCUGUCCAGCUGCUUCAACUAAAAGCAUCAGCCUCUCCUCUGUUCAUCUCUCUCUUUCUCCAUCUCCCUUUCUCUCCUCUCCAAACCCAGCUCAGUCUCAGCAGAUGACAGUCGAACAUCAGUCUGGUUCUGCUCCAGGUUUCUACCUGGUAAAGGAAGUUCUUCCUCUCAACUGUAACUCUUUAAAUGCUUUAAAAUGUUUUACUUAUGUGGUUGAAAAUGAGAUGAGGAGUGGGUCUGAUCUUACAGGAUGGGGCUCAGUCUGAUCCCAUCUCUACACUGGGUCUUUGUGAACAGAGUCUGGACUAGACCAGCUUUUUGUCUUAAGUGUCCCAGGAUAACACUUGUUGUGAACUGAAGCUAUAUAAAUAAAGAUUGAUUGAUGAUGGUUGAUUCGUUAUUCAAGUGUCUAUUAAAUAACCAAAUUAAUCUGGGCUGAAUGGGGUGGGGGGGUUAUCUAAGAGGUCAAAUGUGAAAAUAAAUUAGUUUUUAUUUAAUUUGGUUUUAAUAGGCUAUAUUUAAAAAAAAACAGAAAUAUUGGGAAUAUGUUAAUAAAAUAAAUUCCCUCACAGUCGACUGACACAUCGUCCAUAAGUGAUUUCCCACAUCCCAUAAUGCAGCACUUCUCUUUUUCUCCUGUGUACUUUGGAGAUCCUUCUGUCAACUGUGCAUUAGCAGUGAAUCAGUGAUGUACAGCACAUUUUGGCUGCAUGAUGAAGUCGUUAUGGGAGAUAUUAAAAUGGGUUUUCCACCUCCACCCUGAUAAGCAGAGUGCCCAGACGAUCACUCAAAAUUGUUAUCGUGAUAGCUGUUAGUGCUGACCUUGCUCUCUCAGAGUGAAGGAAUCCCAAAGUAAUCACCUGAAUUAGCAGCUGGACCUUCACAGAGACUUUGAUCCUGAACGGAGUCAAACCCGGCCAGGCGUUAGGACGGUACAGCAAAGGUGUCAGCCUAAAGGUUACAGAAGCAGUGAUAAGAUCAGUUUAACUUCAGUCAGGCCCAUGGGGACAUUGCAAAGAGGGGACAGGGAUCGAUCAGCCGUGCUCAAAGCUGAUUGUCUUGCUGGGUAAAGAUUUGUCUAAUCUGAUAAGAAUAGGUCGCCCUUGUUUGUGUAGAUCGCCUGCCUGUCUGGGAAUCGAAUCCUGAUGUCCUGGGGGACUUGCGGGCAUAAGGAGGGAGAUGCUUUGUCUGCAUCACUCACUGUUCAGAGUCCUCGCCUCACUGGAUGUUAAACGCUGUUUCACCCACUUUCCUCAGAGGUCAUAAAUCCAAAGUGAAAACCAGAAAAGCUAAAUAGAAAAAAAGUUUUUGUCUCUCUUUGUUUUUUUAUUGCAUUAUAACACAACCUACACUCCACAGAUUUGGUUUACCUUAUGAAGCCCUGUGUUAACUAGUGAAGAGGAAGACUGUCAGAUAUGUCUGACUGAAAUGCCCGGCAUAUGUGGAACAGUAUAGAGUGGUAUUUAGACUGUCAUUGGUUAAAGCUUGUGGCUGCAGACCAAGAAAGUUAAGACAGGAAAAAAAGAGGAAAAAAACAUGAGGAUGUAUUAGUGUUUGUUUCUAAGAUGGCUGUAUUUUAAACAGCCUCUGCUCUCACAGUCUGUACAGAAACAAAAAAUCAUGUAUACACAGAGAUUUUAAAUCAUCAGCUUCCCUCUGGAUUUAGAGCCUACAUUUGUCCUGAUGGGUUUCCCUCCAAAACCAAAGAGUUCAACUAUUUAAAUAUGUGAGUUUGAGAAUCAGCAUGAAUCUUAUGUAUAUGUGACACAUUCUCCUAUAAUAAUGUCAGCUCUCACAGUUACAGUUUCAAACCAAGACCUCAGUGUCAGAACAGGAGCUGCAGAAUGAUCAAACAUGCUACAGUAAUGUGUCAGAGACUUCUUUCUUUGCAUUCAUCUAAAGUUUCACUUUCAAAGUUCCUUCAUGUGGGAUUGGGCUUCAUUUUAUUUAUUUAUUUUUUUCAGCUUUAUUUUACAGACUGACAUUCGCAUAUUUGUAGAAACAGAUUUAUUUCUCUCUGUAAGUCUAACCCAGCACAGAUAUUGUUAUAACUUAUAACCAACCGCAUGAAGAUGCCAAAUAAUCAGGUGAUAAUGUGUAAUCAGUCUGUCAGCUCAAACACCAUAGAAGGUUAUUGUGUGCAUGGAUAUUCUGCUCUUGAGUGAGCAAUAAUAAAGUGCUCUCAAAUCGUAAAUUGAGUGAUGAAUUAAAAACUUAGUGUGGUAUUUUUAUUCACCCCUGCGCCUCAGUAAAGUGAUGAAGUAAAGCUCGGUGUGCUUGUAAACAGUAAAUCAACCAAACAGCACUGAGCAGACAUAAACCGGUAAACUUAAAAACACCUAUAUGUGUGUGUGUGAACAGGACUUGAGAGCGGACAGAAAACCAGCGUUUAAACGGUCAUCAAAAUUGAGGGAGUGUCACAUGACCAACAACAUCUCCAUGGCCUCUUCUGAUUUGCUAAAUCAUUUACUCUAUUUAAGAAAUGAACCAAACAAUUGAAACAUUUAUGAUUUUGUUUAUUACCUGAGACUGUCCUAUUUAAGUAUCCACCCAGAACGGUGUUUUUAUCAUUACACGCUGAGGUGUAUUCAUUCCUCUUGUUUUUGUUAAAGCUUCAUUAGCUCCCUGUGUGCUGUUUUCCUCCCUCCCUCCCUCCCUCCUUCCUACAGCUCUCUGCAUUUCAUUUGACAAAAUUUAAUGGGCUUUUUAAUUGUACGUCACUUUUCUACAGCUGUUGAGUAUAUUACCUUUUUGUCUCCUUUCUCUUUGUGAGUGAGUGUGUGCGGGUCCGUGUGCACGUGUGUGCAUGUAUGUUCUCACUUGCAAUUUGCAAUUACAGCAUAUUGGCUGUUUUAAGUAUGACUACUAAACUGCUCAUUUAGCUUGCCAGGGCUUACCCUUGUUUCCCCGUCUGAGUAAUCACAUGAACAGUGUGAGAUUGAAAGAUAUGAAAAAUGGCAAUGCUGGAGGUCUUUUACAGAGACUUUGAUUCAAACUGACCUGACAGUAACCUGCCAUGUCACUGUGUUUUAUUUUCUUUUUCUCAAUUACAAAGAAACAUGUACCUCACACCCAUUUCAACCAUUUAUUAAUGCCAUUUAUCUUGUCCCUGGUGGUCUUGAUUAUUUUUGUGGAUCAAAAAAAUACGUCAAUAUGAAUUUCAGCUGGUUUCAUCAAAGUUAAAAAACUCCUCACUGGAGCUUUAAUAGGUUUCAAGUAGUGGUGGAGUUGGUGGAAAGGAUUUAUUUUCAAACCAUCAAGCAGAGAACAAGGGGUCUCACUUGUUUUUUUGUUUUUUUUACUGUUUUUAACAACAUUUAAAGUUGCUCCGGCCUGUAUUCAUCAGCCAUACUCAUUAUUUGAGCUUUAUUAAAGCUGUAUUAAAAGACCACAUUAGCUACCCCAAGAUUUGAGCUGGUUUGUCAUAGUGGGGAUAAUAGUCAAAGGUAAAACUGUGCAGGUGAUUUUACAUUGUGUUAUGGAAGCACGAGAGACACAAGGUGCAAACAAGUACCUGGAUUUUUAUACAUACUUACCAUAGACUGUUUAAUACUAUGGACAACUUGGUUUCGCCUUCUGCCACUACAUGGAUUUGAAACUGAAAAACUCUCAGUAUUUCCAGGUUUUUUUCUCCACUUCCUGGAACCACUACUUGCGCAGUAAUAAUGAUAAUAAUAAUACAUUUUAUUUAAAAGCACCUUUCUGGACACUCAAGGACACUGUACAGGGCAUUGAAAACACAGUUAGUUUUGUACACAUUCGGCGGGAGAGUCGCUGUGAUGACACUCGGCUCAAACAGCGUAUCCCCCCAGGUGAGCUACGUAAACUUCGUAUGCCCAUAGGCUGUAUCAAGUGUCAAUCAUAGAAAACAUGAACCCCCUAAUGACUUUUAAAAAUGGAGCUGUACAGAAAAAAGAGGACUUGAGCACAAACCAGUCUUAUUGGAACUACAUGUAAACAUCGCAAGCAGGGGGGAGAAAAAUUUAUAUUCUGUGUAAUAAAUUCCUACAGUUUGUCCACAGCUCCAUAGGGAUUGCUGGAGGAGGUGGGAUUUAUGACCUAUACUGCAGCACAUCAACAGAGGGUGCUGUUCUCAGAGUGGCUUCACCCAGCAAGGAAUCAGAUGGCGUCCAUUCGAUAUACAGUCUAAUACAGUCUAUGAUACUCGCACCCACUUAGACACACAAACACAGCACUGACCGCCCCCCCUGCUGACUAUGAUGUUUGAUAUUUUAUAAAGUCUGUAUUAACGCUUAUGAUGCUGGCUCAGCAUUACACCUCUGAGACAUAUUUGCACUGAAGCCAAGACAUUACAGAGGCAUGAGAAUCUAAUUCAUGUAAAAGGGGCACAAGUCUUUACCUCCUAUCAUAUGAUUUUGAUAUGGCCCUGUUAGUAAUGCACAUGUCUUUUCACAACUACAAUGAUGAAAAAAAAAAACUCAGUGUCUCUGCUGAAAGUUUUUUUUCUUAAAAAAAAAUUUCUCUGUUAAAGGAGGACUUGACACAGUUAAAUUGACAUAGAUGUAAUCCCAUAAUUAUUGUAAAAAAUAAAUCAAACUUAGAAUUGAGAGUAAAACUUUUCAGACUGAGUUGAUACUGUCGGUGUUUCCUCCCUUGACUGCAGUUCAGGGCUGAGUAUACUCCUCUGACACAUUGUGAAGACCCUCCGCUCUUCUCCUGCUGUGUUCCAGCUUAUCCUCUCCCCCUGAGUGUCCUCUUUCUUCUCUCCUCUGAUAAGAAGCUGUUCGGAUGAAGGACAUCAUUAUACCAUCACAUCAAAUGAUGUCUUUGUCAUUUCAGACAGCAUGUUUCCUAAAGCUGCGCAAGUCAAUAUUUCUGUAUUAACGAUGGAUCAGCUAUUAGAGUGUGGAUGAUAUUAUCAUGUGCUGCAGAUCAUCUCAGUGGGCGCCCUUCAGCAGAUUUCACCUCAGGCUUUGCUCUGCCAUCAGAUUUGUUUCCAGCAGAAGCAGCAGGAAGCUGUUUCCAGGGAAAAAGAUCCAAAACUGUUCUGCAUUCACCGCUCAGCAGACAACAGCAAAGAAACAAAUCUGCAGACUGGCUGGUGAACACAGUAGAGCAUUUAGCAGAGAAGAGGCAGAUAUUUCCCCUGACAGUCGGUGGAGACUUAAUAAAGUUAGCCUACGUGUAAAGGGAGGGAGAAUACUGGACUUGGAUCCAUCACUUGGAUAGAAACACAACUCCAAAUAGAUAUGUCUGCUGGUGUGAACUGGAUUUGAGAAUAGGUUUUGUCCAUUGUCUACUUGGACACCAGUCUACAGUUUAUCCAGUCACUCAAACCUGUGACUGGAUAAACUGUAGAGGGGGGGAUUGAUUUAUUCUUCUUUAGUGGGCUAAAUUAGGAACAUAUCAGCUGUUAGCAGUUCAGUCAUUUUGUUUAGAAACAGGACAGAAACCAGGUGUGUGAGCAGGGAUACCAACUGAAGACAGGGUUAACUCCACCAUGAGAUUUAGCUCAUUAUUCCAGCUGAGCUGACUGGGAUCUUCAGAGGAUAAUGUGUGAACUUGACAAGAACCUCAUACUACUCAACUAUAGAAAAAACAAGGACAAAAGAGUGGUUAGUCUGUGCAGAUGAAUGGUUAUUUAUGGACCUCUUUUUGAUUUUCAAAAUGGACAAAUUGAGAGAAUAUAGAGAAUAUGAUAGAGAAUCUUCAUGCUGAUUUGCUGACCCUGCAUGAACAUUCACUAGCAAUCAGAGUUUUGAGCUCUCGCAUGUGAGUGAAUGAAGCGAGAAGCUCAAAGAACUUGACACAAAAAUUCACAUCAUUCACACCUAUGCUCUGAAUGCUAUAAAUAUUCUUAAAUCUACUGACUGUAUCUUUAACUGAACCUUCCUAUGCCUGGAGAUGUCUGUUUUCUUAAAUGAAGAUUGUAAAUGAUGCAGACAUGUAGUGGUGAACAUACAAGUAGGCCUACUGUAUCUGACAUUUUAAAGGAAUCUGUGCAGAGUGAGGAGGGUCACUGAGAAGAAUAGUUGAUUGAGUUUGUGAAAAAACCCUGAUAAGAGUGCAAAUAAUAUCCUUCAUUAUUAUUUCUAUCAUUAUCAGUCAUUAUUAUUAUCUUAAUUUAGACGUUACACAUUUUGCCAGGUAUGGUAUACAGUCAGUGCAUGACACAGUGCGCCAAAGGCUUUGUGAUAUAUUUUCUGAUGCCCCCCUGUGGACAAAGCAGUAAUAAUACCUGCGCUGAUUUUUUCCUCCAAACCGCUGAGCAGUGUUUUUUGAACUGAAAGUCCUGCUGUGUGUGGUCCAUCAAGAAUCUCUGUUAUGGAAAUUGUAAAUCUUAAGCUGUAAAUCGCUUCAUCUGACGCUGACCUUCAGGAGCUUUGAAAAUGAACUAAAAUGGUUAGUCUUUAUGCUGAUGGUCUUAUUAUUCCAGUCUGUUUUAUAUUAAAAUCUCCUCUCAUAGGGCUUUGAAAAUGGUUUGUCAGAGAACCACUUGGCUGGUGAAAUAAAAGCAAGUUUCAGGGGGAAAAUGGGACAAGUUUUAAGAAGGUGGUAGUAGUUUUUGUUUCUACUUUAAUGCUCAUCUUUUCAUUUAAGUCUAACUUUCACAUCAGCCAUCUCCCUCCCUCACCGGUUUAUCUUUUCCUCCAGAUAUCUCUCCAGGAUACUGUGUUUGAAGUAAUCUGGUCUCUGCAGACCAACUGUGAGAAGCGCUAAGUGAAGUAAAAGGGACGAGAAGGAGGAGGGGGAAAGAAACUGCUAAUUGCUCCCCUCUUACAGCUUCAAAGAUGAAACUGAUGUGAAACAUUUUGGAUUAACUGUUCCUCCAGAGGAGUUGGCUCACAUGAAAGCAAGAUAAAAUGAUGUUAUGGAGCUUCAGUAUAACCUUGCAAUCAAUUCAUGGACAUUUGGAAUAAUAGGCAGCUGCUUGUCCUCUGAUUCACUUGUCUUCCCUUCAGCUCAACUCCAAUAACUGUUUUUUUAAACAUCCUAUGUUUGCUCAGAGUAAAUUUCACUUUCACAAAAGUAAUCAACUGUCAGACUGCAGAUGAAAAUAAAAAAGUUUCAGACCCAAGAUUGUGAAAAGAUGAAAAAGACAUGGAUUUUAAAAAGUCAAAUGUGAGACAUUUGUUUACAUUUGUUACGUAUCUAAGAUCUCCACCCUUUCACACUCUCUAUACUGGGUGUGUCGGAUCCAUCAGAGCGACACUAAAGCAGCAAAACAGAAUUAUUUAUCAUGCAGUGUCACAUCAAAUUGGAGGCUUUGAGAUAUUUCCAAAUCUGUCAGCUUGGUGCCAAAUGCAUCCAGCCUCUUCAGACUUUCAUCCCAUCAUUUCAUAUGUAUUUCUCCGAUCUUUGGCACCAUGUGUAGUUCUGCCUGCAGAUUCGCCCUGUAUGAAUCACUCUGAACCAAAGCAUCAGCUUCCUGGAAGACAACAAUAAAGUUAACAUUUGCAUUUAGUUCUUGGACUCCAAACUCAUUUAGUUUGGUUUGAAAUAAAACAUCACAGAGUAGAAUACAUUCAGGAGACGAAAGAGAGCUACAUACAACUAGACGUGUGGUUUUUGUGAAUAAUUAUUUCAGUGCAAGUCUGCACACAUGUUCUCAUUUUCCUCAACUGCCAGUUCGAUUGUUCAGUUUGACGAAGUCUUGAGCUCAGAAACAAACUAAAAAUAUUCACACAGGCAAAACUAACUUGGGUGGUAGCACAUGAUAGAGGGGUAACCGGCUACCCACCUGUUUUCAGAGUUUAUAUCACCGCCAACAAAAAGACAUUUCCAGACAUUAAGACUUUAAACCAAGGGGCUGGCCUGGAAAAGUCUGGAAAAAGUAAGGGUGGCUAAUUUAAAGCUGUUCCUGUUUCGAAGACUGAACAGGAUAAAGCCUGUGUAUUUUUAGGAGUGUGGAGCGAGUAUUAAAAGAGCUCAAGUUUAGAUUUAUAUCAGCUUGUAGAUCAUUCUUGCUCUGCAUCGUCCCUCACUUCACCCUCUUCAGAUUUAUUACAUAGCGAAGAUUAUGUAAUUUUUAUUUAUGUAUGUUUAUGUUCCUAAUUUAAUUCUCAGCUUUUUACCUUAUUGAUCCUGGCCUCAACACGUGUAUUUUAUUCCCUUCAGAACAUAAAUUAAAGUCAGGGCUCAAUGCUGGGGUAUGUUAUUAUCCUGCGCUUUACUAACCUGAAACUAUAACAAGUUUAAAACUCCCCAUGAUACAUAUAUUUGUAAGAAAUAGUAUCAGGUGUUGACAAAUAUUAUGUUGUGGUCUGGUGUUAGCUGCAUUGAUGCACUUAUCUGUGGACCAAGCGUGCGAAAUCAACGUGACAGCACAUUACCCUCACAAAACAACCUGUUCAGUAGUCUUUGUGGAGGCACCAUACAAUAUCAUAUUCCUCUCACAACAACCUGUUCAGAGCAUUAAAAAUCCUAUCUGGUCCUUUGGUGAGCCUCUGACUGCAGAUCACUGUGGAUAAGUCGAGCAGCUGAACACCGUAGCUGCUAUUCCAGAAGAUAGAAAAAAGCCUUUUUUAUGGUGUGAUGAGGAGAUGUAAAUGAGCUACAGCUCGAUUUACCUCUUCACUCAGCUUGGUUCAGGCGCUGUCCACAGCUGGGUUCAGGUUUGUGUUUAGAGGAAGUGCAGCUGUGAAAGUAUUGGUAUUCCAUAUGUGUAUGAUAGCGAUUAACCUCCCACUCCCACCCUGGAGACUGAACUGAGCUCUGUAAAUAACUGAGAAGCUGACAGAGAGAGAGACAGAGAGGAAUGGCUGGACAGCAAACACUUAUAAAUUCAUGAUGUUCUGUUCAGAAGCUAUUUACAAGUCACCUCAUUUUCAGGGAAUAAACAGGAUGACUGCAGUUUCAUUUCUUUACUCGGGACCCAAAUCAGUAGUAGAUAGAAGGGUGGGGUCUUGUUGGACAAAUGGACAGAAUAAUUUAUCACUCAAACAUUCAAUCACUGCAGUCCAUUAAAGAGCAGGUAACAGUUUGUAAGUGCCAGGUCAUUAAACACUGUCAGAGCAUGAAGGAGCACCUUCUUAUUUUUUUUACAAACCUACUUUACCUUUAGCUUAAAAAACAAAAUAAUAAAAUAAAUACAAAUUUGUGAUUUUGUAGCGAUUCAGAGUGAAAAGUGUAAUAUCAAAACAUGAAGACUUUUAUCAGUAAAAUUUUCAAAACUUUAGGUCACCAAAAAGGCAAUCAAAUAUAUUAUAUCUGAUACAUACAGUUAGGGCUGGGCAAUAAACCAAAAAUUUACAGAUAUCGAAAUUUACGUCAAAAACCAACAUCAUUUUGCCCAUGUCAAUAUAUUCAGUGUCAAAAAAAUGAAUAAAUAAAAGCUGGUUUUGGAUGUGUGUAGGUAGGCUAUGGUCUCAUGUCCCUUUAAGACACUGUCCUACAUCAGAGAUGUGACUCCACCCCAUCCAGUCCAUAACAAAGAGGGAAAGACAGGUGAGGAGAUGGAGGAUCAAAAGUCAAAAGUUGUAGCAGCUGGAGCAACAGCUGAAGUAGACAAAGUCAGUGUGAGAGGGGGUGAGCAGCUUGUGGAGUAGUUAUUUCCCAUUUAUUGUUAUCGAGGUGAACUGCUCAAUAUAUCAUGAUUUUGAUUUAAGGCCAUAUCGCCCAGCUCUACAUACAGUGUAUCAUAAAUAUGUAUUUAUGUCAUUUGUAUAUAUUAUAAUGUAUUUUUUAUAUUUUUAAACUUCUACCUAUCUGUCCAGUUUAGCUGCACAGGUACAAUAACAAUAAAGAUAUUCUGUUUUACUUUGUGUGUUUCAGAUCUAUCGACGCUGCUGGCUGGUGUUCAAGAAGUCGUCCAGCAAAGGACCACGACGUCUGGAGAAAUACCCUGAUGAGAAGUCUGCCUACAUCAGAGCCAGUCCCAAGGUAAGUCUCUGUGUGUGUGUGUGUGUGUGUGUGUGUGUGUGUGUGUGUGUGUGUGUGUGUGUGUGUGUGUUACAGUAUAUUCUGUUCAGCAGGAAAAAACCUAAGAUCAAGAAUUGACAGACACACACACACCUGCAGAACAGAAUAUACCACACACACACACACACACACACUCACACACACACACACACACACCGUCAGGGAUGAAAGCAGUCAGCUUUCGCAUUAAAGUCUGACUCUUUUCCCUCUGAGCUCAGAGAGAGCUAACACACACACCUAAAUACUCCCCCCUUCCUCUUUCUCUCUGUCUCUCUGAACUCCCUCAUCUUUUAUUCCUCCUCAUCAUCACCUCUCCUUCAUCUGACCCUCCUUGUCUGCCCUCACACUCUGACGUUAAGCUUUCUCCGGCAGCGGUGGACUUAAAGCGAGGUUGUUGAGACUUUGUUCUGGUUCUUUUUUUCUCUUUUUGUUUCUUUACUUUGAGCACGGUGAUAAAAUGUUAAAGAAGUUUCACAGGUUUUUUUUCCCUCUCAUACGAACACAGAAGUCUCCUCAGAAAUAUGUUUGGUCACUUACUUUACACAUCACAGAGUUGUUUGUAAUGUACAUUCAUGUACCUUUUGUAGUAUUAUUGCAGUUUAAAUUCUACAAUGGCUUCAUUAAAAUUAUUUAUAAAACGUGAAUCAAGAAUAAUUAUCUGACCGAUUUUGAUUAUGAUAUUUAAGAAAUGAUAACUGGUGAUGGCUUUAAUAAACAGACAUGCAAAAAAAAAAACAGCUGCACUGACUCUGUUGUAGGAACUCUCCUCCUCUUACCUUUCCUCUCAUCCUCUCAUCCUUCCUCUCAUCCUCUCAUCCUGUCAUCCUCUCACCUCUGCAUAAAGAGUUUGUAAAGGGUUUUUUCCUCCUUCUUUUCUUCAGCUAGCACAUCUCUGAACUUCUUUUCACUGCUGUUUCACAUCCCGCUCUCUUCUUCUGCAGUUAUUUUCCUAUGAGCUUCCUUUCAGCCUAUAAAUUGUGUCUGUAUCAUCCUCUUUCAUGCCAUUCAGUGAAGGAGGAAGACUGUAGGUCAAACUGGCAUGCAAAUCCAAUUACAGCUCCAUAUUUUUUUUCAGUUAGCCAUAGAUAUUUAAAACUAGCACAUGUAUCACAAAGGUUACAACGAAUCGAAAUUUUGUCCCUUUAUAUUGCAAAACAAAUGAGUUUGCCACACUUCUCCAGUUUCAAAAAAAGGGCGACCAUGAGAAUAUGUGAUACAGUGCCUUGAAAAAGUAUUCAUACCCCUUGAACUUUGGUGAACUCUAUUAACUAAUUAGCUGACUUUUAAAGGCAAUUAUUUGCACUGCAUUUUAUUUAGGGGUAUCAGAGUACAGGGGACUGAAUACAAAUGCACACCACACUUUUCAGAUUUUUAUUUGUUUAAAUUUUUGAAAACUAUGUAUCAUUGUUGUUCCACUUCACAGUUAUGUACUAUUUUGUGUUGGUCUAUGACAAAAAAAUCUCAAUAAAAUACUUAAAAGUUUGUGGUUGUAGAGUGACAAAAUGUGAAAAAGUUGAAGGGGUAUGAAUACUUUUUCAGGGCACUGUAUAUCCUGAUAUUGUUUGCAAAUGUAUCAAGUGGUAUGAAGUGAUCAGAGAAAUGUCACAUUUAAAUUGAUCUGCUCUGUCCAUUUCAAAACACUGCAGCAAGAGGCUGAAAUCACAGACAGAGUAAGAGAGCAAGAACUGAAUCAGUGCCCCAAGUCUGACCCACACUGUGACAAACCAUAGCCAAUGCAGAACAGUCACUAUUUAUGCUUUUCUUCAACUCACCACUGAUCUCAGUCAUGAGGAUGCUGCCACAGCACUUGGAUUAGUCUUGUGCAGCUGCUUGCUUCACCAUCUGUAUUACCUCUGUCCUAACACUCUCAGGUUGAGGUGCAGAAAAGCUCACAGCUGCCAUGAAAGUCUGAGCAAUUUUACUUUCUGAGAUGUUUGAUUACUUACAGCUUAUAGAAAUAUUUUAUUUACAUGUUUUACUGGGCGGCAACUGAAGGAAAAGAUGAAAGAGUGAAUUAAGGCAGUGGUUCUCAAGUCAAGUCCUCGAGACCCCCCUGUCCUGCAUGUUUUGGAUGUUUCCCUGCUCCAACACACCUGAUUCAAAUGAUCAGCUCGUUAUCAAGCUCUGUAAUGGCUUAAUAACGAGCUGAUCAUUUGAAUCAGGUGUGUUGGAGCAGGGAUGCAUCAAAACAUACAGGACAGUGGGCCUCGAGGACUGGACUUGAGAACCACUGAAUUAAGGGGUAGAGACGAUAUCCAGGCUUCCCUGAUGUGAUGUAUGGCAGAGUGUAUCAAACUGUGGAGGAGAGUAGAGGUGAACAGAAAUGAACAGAGCGGACAUGCAGCCUGAUGGAAACUGCACAUGUCUGUCACAGCUGUAUUCCUGAUUCUUUACACCUUAUUAUUGUGGUUUUAGUCACACAAACUUGGUGCCUUUUUGGAGUCACCUGCUUGUGUUUUAUUUGUGGUGUUAUUUUUCACAAGGUUUUCCAACUUUGACACCUCUAACCGAAGAGCACAACAAGACAUUUAAAAGUGCUCCUCUCUGUCAACACGGGGAUUUUCAUUGUUUAAUAUACAGUAUAGGCCAAAAGUUUGGACACACCUUCUCAUUCAAUGUCUUUUCUUUAUUUUUUUAUAUGACUAUUUACAUUGUAGAGUAUCGCUGAAGGCAUCAAAACUAUGAAUGAACACAUGUAGAAUUUUGUACUUAUAAAAAAAGUGUGAAAUAACCGAAAACAUGUUUUAUAUUCUAGUUUCUUUAAAAUAGCCAUCCUUUGCUCUUGAUGACAGAAGUACCUUGUCAGGGUUACUUCAGGCACUCCUGUGAAGUAAAAACCAUUUCAGGUGACUACUUCAUGAAGCUCAUUGAGAGAACAGCUAAAGUUUGCAGCGCUACCAAAAAAAGAAAAGGGUGGCUACUUUGAGAAAUAUAAAAUAUAAAACAUGUUUUCAGUUAUUUCACACUUUUUUCUUAAGCACAUGAUUCCACAUGUGUUCAUUCAUAGUUUUGAGAAUCUACAAUUUAAAUAGUAAUGAAAACAAAGAAAAUGCAUUGCAUGAGAAGGUGUGUCCAAACUUUUGGCCUGUACUGUAUAUAAAUGUUUUAAUGUAUGUAUUUAUAUAUAUAUAUGUAUUUUUCUGAGGGAACCCAAAAAUAAAACUGUAAGUUUUGAAUCCAGUUAAACCAGUGUCACAGUUUCCAGGUUUUACUCAGCUUUAAACACUUCAAUCAGAAAACAGCAAGUGAGUGAAUUGACCUUAAAUUUCAUCAUGUUAAUCAUUUCCACUUUAAUCUGUUGCCUAGGUGACAGAGAUCAGCAAUGUCAAGAAUGUCACUCGGUUGCCCCGAGAUACCAAGCGGCAGGCAGUGGCCAUCGUCUUCACAGAUGACACCUCACGCAUGUUCACCUGUGAAUCAGGUAACAUAUGCACACGUACAGAAAAACAACACUGCAAGAUACAUUAUAGUCAGCCUUGUAGAGUUCAGCAGCUUGUAACUGCUAAACUACUAAUAAACAGCUGACACCCACAGACUCGCUGUGUGACACAGAUAAAUAACUCAAGUGCCCAAAAAGUUUCAACAUCUGUGUUUAAGGUUGAUCCAGCCACAGGUAAGAUUUACACUCCAGAUAGCUGGUAGACCGUGAUCUCUGUUUGAAGUCAGUAUGAUGGACAUGUGUUGUAAAGAGAGAACUGAAAAGUCUCCUGACAAGCACAGAGGUAGGGGCCUCAACAUUUUCAGCACAGCUUAGCAUAAAAAAACAGGAGCCAUGAAAGCAGCUAGUUUGGCUCUGUUCAACUUUCCAAAAUAAACUCAAACUGAAGUUCACAAGCUGCAUCAGGUCCAACCAGUAAAGAUCAGUGUUUAAUUCGGAUGUAAAACCUAAUAAGAUUACUUCACAAAUAAAAAGCUCAACAAAAACAAGACAAAACCUGCCUCUGGAUGUCAUACAGAACCAUGACACGACAUGGUCCAUGUGUCUGUGCACCACUUUAAAGUCCAAACUGCUCCAGCAGAUGGAGAUCUGUUUAAAGACUGGAGGUCAGCCACUUCAGAGACUCCAUGAAUCAGCCUUUAAUAAAAAAAGAAAAAAAAAACACAUGAAAGCAGGUUUAAAGUAUUACCUCCUACCAUAAACAAGCACUUUACAGUAAAUCUGAACUCCUACCAUCAAGCCAGACAUGAAAAAGUCCCACACUUAAAAGAGCUGAGGCUGCAGUACUCUUUAGUUCAACAAGUCAUCUCUACAACCGUGGCUAAUCUCAAUGUAAAGGAACAUUUGAGGACAGGAAUAUAUCCUCUCAAUCAAUGAGUCUAUCACACUUUUCAUACAAUGACAAAGCAACGUACUGUUCAUGAAAAGAAAAGGAAAUCAAUAAAAAAGAUUCAGGAUGAAACACAAUUAAAGAACAAAUAUGCACAUCCAACCAACUUUCCUUUGACCUUUGAACUUAUACUCUCUAUCCUAUCCAUAUUUAAUAAGCUUUAUUUGCACUAAUGAAUCAAUAACAGCAUGACCUCAAAGAUUUGUCUGUCUGUCUGUCUGUGGUCACAGAGCUGGAGGCAGAAGACUGGUUUAAGACGCUGUCGAUCGAGUGUGUGGGCACGCCGCUCAACGACAUAAGUAUGGGAGAGCCUGACCUGCUGGCUGCUGGAGUGCAGUGUGAACAUACAGGUGAUUCACAGACUGUUGCAAACAUGUUGAGUGAAAGAUUUGAUCUCAGUAAGUAGUUUGACAGGUAGUCCAGGUCUGAUUUACCUAUCUUGUUUAAAACCAUGUCAUGUGACUUUCUCUGCUGCCUUGUUUCAAACUUUGAACCCUUUUUUCAUACCGUCUCUUGAUUAUAUCUGAGUUUUUGAUUCCACUUUAUUUGACUUUUUUCAAUUCUCCACAGAGCGAUUCAACGUUUUUCUCCUCCCCUGUCCUAACCUGGACAUUUACGGGGAGUGCAUGAUGCAGAUCACACAUGAGAACAUUUACCUGUGGGACAUUCACAACCCUCGCACCAAGCUGGUCACAUGGCCUCUCUGCUCGCUGCGACGCUAUGGACGUGACGCCACCCGCUUCACCUUUGAGGCUGGACGGUGAGAGCACCGAGGGGAGGGCUGUGAGUGAAGGGGGAAGGGGAGGAGAUGGGAGGGUUUCUUUGGUGCCCUACACACCCACACAGAGUUUCUGCUAAGACAGGAGAAAUGGUAUCUGUUAGAGCGUAUGAAAGAUGAAAAGUUUAGGCUUUAUCAGAAUACGUAACAGGUGUGUGUGUGUGAGUGUGUGUGUAAGGGUCAGUUCAAGGAUACCUCUGUCUUUUUGUCUCUUACUCACACACACACACACAGAGCUCAGUAGUGUCCGUCUGAGCCUGUGAAGAGAUUGAUUGAAUAGAUUAGACGAUGGAUAAAUACUGAGCCAGACCUUCUUAUCUCCUCCUCUUUGAUAAAACCUGACCUGCUAUGAUUGGGUUGGCAUGCAGAUAAUAGUGUGUGCGUGUUUGUGUGUGUUUGCGUGUGUGUAUUCAAGGUCUGAAACAAACCAGUACAUCAAGGGGGCCCUCUGUCUGUAGCUGUGUUAAAUUACAGCGCUCUCUCUGAAUAUACAGCUGCUGAUGGCUUUAUAAAACCAACCUUUAACACCUCUCCAACUCUUCACUGGAACAUUUGUGCCCAUUGACUUAAACUCAAGAGAAACAGUCAAAACUCUGUCAAUUUUAAGGACAGUUUUUUGUGACAGCAUCAGUGCUACAUGGACUCACCUGAGGAUUGAAGGCUGCUUGUGUUUAUUGAACUUUACAUGUUUAUCUUCAACAGACGCUCACAAAUAAAAACAUGCCUAUGAGCAAUCGUGGCUGUAAGAGGCUCAACCUUUAUCAACCUUAUGAAACUGCCGGUGUGAGUGGCUUGGAGAGAUCUCUGUUUGCUCACUCCUGUUGAAAUAUUCCUGUCAAUAAAGAGUACGGGACAUGAAGCUGAAGCAAGGGUUUUGUGUCUCUACGGUGGAGACAGAUGGACACAGAAUCUCUCUCUGGAGUCCAGACUGAUGACAUAUUGAUCUGUUUUAUUUUUGUCAGUCUGCCUAAUAAGAUUUGUUGUUUGUGUAAAGGAUGUGUGACAGCGGUGAAGGCCUCUACACUUUCCAGACCAGAGAGGGGGAACAGAUCUACCAGAGGGUUCACUCCUCCACACUGGCCAUAGCAGAGCAGCACAAGAAGGUCCUGCUGGAGAUGGAGAAAAGCAGCAGGGUGAGAGACUGGAAAACAGAAAAAACAAGCUUUUCAAACAAACAAAAAAAAAAGUUUCAAAAAGUUAUUUGAGUGAAUAAUGGUUCAGCUCCAAGUUAAAGCUGGAGGUCACGAUUCUGAGAGAGCCCAAGGUUCUUGGUUUUGGGGGUUUUGUUUAGAAACACUGGAGUGGAACUGAGGAAUUCAGGGCUGCAAAAUCCAACAUGAGGUAACUGCUGGUUGAGUUACUCAAUUUUUAAUUCAUUUAUUUUUGCAAUGAAAACAACACAACUUUAUCCAGCUCUCCGAGGAUUCAAUUUUGAAAGUCUGUGCAUAUGAUGACGCUAUGAAGAUGUUGGCAUUUCAACCAGGAUUUAAAACAAACACCAGGGAAGGAUAGAGGAAAAACUAAUUUUAAGGCCCUGGGCCAUUAUAGAGCAGUUUUCAACAGAUCAGUUUUUUAAAUCUUAAUUAAGUGAGUUAAUAAAGCAGUGCAAAGGUGUAAUUUAAGGUGGUAUGAAAUGUGAAAAAGUCCAUUUGUAAAUCACUGGUUCUGAUUCUGCUGUUCCCCUUAGUCCUGAAGCUUUUAGGCACCUUUAGUGUUGUUUCGGUCUGUUUUAGGGCCUGCAGUAAAACUUAACUGAUCGUAUCAGCGGACAAAAUUAAGACCAGGGCGGGUUUCGUCCCUUAUGAUACAUCAGCACCUAUGGCUGUAGCUAGAGCUAUAAAUCUCAUCCAGCUGCUAAAGCUCUUUACUGUCCACCUGGCCUCCGUCUAGUCUCUGAAACUGUGUGAAUAAUAAUCAGUGCAACAAAGAAAGUCUUAUCUAAAGAGUUUAGUAAGUGUCUGAGUUUUUUCCUCAUGGUGUCUGUUUCUGUCUCCUAGUUGAUGUCUUUGGGCUCAGAGUCCGGGUCUUACCCCUGCACCCCUACUGCCAUCCUCCCAAGAUCCGCCUAUUGGCACCACAUCACUGGAAACCAGUCUGGUAUGGAUUCAGGUAGUGGUAGGUAUACUUUAGUCUGUAUAUAGGAUCAGGAAGAGCUGAGCAAAGCUGAGCAGUGAGCAGGAGAAGCAGGUAGUCUGAGUUAAUCACACCUGUCAGCGGCGUAUAAAGGGGUAUCCCAGUGUAAAAUUAAGUUAUGGUCAAAUACAACAUAACACCAAUUAGACCCCCCCUUGAUGAAUGAAUGUUGCGGACUGCUUGCUUCUCUAGUUAUACCAACUUUAGUGACGAGUCGAUCACCGAGUUUCCAUGAAGUAAUAAUCAUGAAUGUUCUUCCUUGAGCUGUGAAACUCCACUGCACUCAGUGAUCAACUCGUCAGGGCUCCCCCACAAACAAGCUGCUGCUGGAAGAGAGUGGGUGAGUUGUGUUUGGUCUCUUUGCUAAAGAAAUCAGGCAAAGCUAAAAAGAUGUUUGAUGGCUAGUACUAUGGCUGGGACCUUAUAUGUACUGUUGAUGAAGUUAGGUGCUGUUCUGAGCAUUACUUAUGGCUAUAGAGUGGCGUUUUUGUUGAGGUUUGCACAUGGAGAUGUAGACCGCUGUGUAUUGCUAUUGUGCGGUCAUUACCAAAGUUGGUAUAACUAGAGAAGCAAGCGGUCGGCAACAUUCAUCUCUGGAGGGGGUGUCUAACUCGGUGUUACGGUGUGUUUGACCAUAACUUAAAUUUACGCGGUAAUAUCCCUUUAAGUGAAUUGAUGAACACAUUGUAUGUGAUCUGUGUCCUUCACUAACUCCUGUGGAUGCUUCUGCUCAUUCUACAGGUAAUGUGUCAGAAGACGACCUGCUGUCCACUCGUCUUCCUCCGGAUCGUCAUUCCACGCUGCCCCUGUCAAACACACUGACCCGGUCCCAACCGCACAUACACACACACUCCCCAACACACUACCCCACUUAUCCUGGACAGUGA